AUGCUGAUACAUUGGUUACUAGGUGUUGUGGGUAUCCUAGCCGGAGUACACACCGCCGUUGCUGCGGUGCAUCCGGCGCAAGAAAGGUGGUCUCAGUUGGCCGGUGGCCUCGAUGACGAAGCUGUAAAGUUGGCUUCAGCACAAGAGCUACGCUACCGACUGCCAACUUAUAUCGUGCCGACGCAUUACAAGCUGUACGUGGAAACGCAGGUCCACACCGGAAACCGAUCGUACAGUGGCAGUGUGGACAUCCAUUUGGACAUCCAGAGGCAAACGUCUACCAUCUACGUGCACAACCGCGGGCUGCGCAUUACGGCCAAUGAGCUGUACUUUUCCGACGAGGCCGCUAACAUUACUUUUCUCGAAACGCUGCGCUACACCGAAGAUAGCGAGCGAGAGUUUACGAUUUUCUCGAUACGCCGCGCACUUGCUCCGGCCGAGUACAUCUUGCGCUUAGAUUUUGAAGGUCAGCUGCGCACCGAUGAGGAUGGGUUCUACAUUAGCUCGUAUCGGGACGAGAACGGGGCGCGAAGGUAUCUCGCGUCGACCCAGUUCCAGGCGAUCAGUGCUCGCUCGGCCUUCCCGUGUCUGGAUGAGCCUGCCCUGAAGACGACGUUCAGUGUGGAAAUCAAACAUCAUCCGAGCUAUCAGGCUGUAGCUAAUAUGCCAAUAUCGGCCAUCGCUGGAGAUCUGGACGGUAACGUGGUUACGGUGUUCGAAACAACGCCACCGAUGUCGGUCUACCUGCUGGCGUUCAUGGUGUCCGAUUUCUUGUACACCGAGAACGCAGAGGCGGCCCAGCGCGUUUACGCUCGACCGAACGCAAUCAACCAAACGCAAUACGCACUGGAAGCUGGAGUUCGCAUAUUGAGCGUGUUCGAUGAGUAUCUGGGCCUGCCGUACAGCACCUUCAUGCCCAAGGUGGAUCAGACAGCCCUCACCCAAUUUUCCGCGGGCGCCAUGGAAAACUGGGGAUUGUGCAAAUAUCGUGAGGAGUACCUCCUGUACGAGCCGGGCGUUACGACCUAUCGGACGCAAACAGCGAUCACCACCGUCAUAGCGCACGAGUACGCGCACCAAUGGUUUGGGAACGUGGUCACCAACAAGUGGUGGAGUUAUCUGUGGCUUAACGAAGGUUUUGCCACGCUGUACGAGUACAUGGCGGCCGAUAUGGCUUAUCCGGAGCGCCAAUAUCGUGACUUGUUCAACGUGCAAGUACUGCAGCGCGUUCUCAUCACAGACGCCGAUGAAAGCACGCGCCCCAUGACGUUUAGCCGCGGCGCAACCUUCUACACCAUCGGUAGCCUGUUCGAUAAUGUCGCCUACUCGAAGGGCGGCUCGGUACUUCAGAUGUUCGGCCAGGUUCUGUCGGCAUCGGUCUGGCAGCAGGUGAUAAGGCUGUACGUGGAACGGAACGCGUUGGGAGCGGUUGGGACGGAAGAAUUCAUCGAGGCAAUGCAGGAAGUGGUCAACGGUGCAGACGUGCUGCCCGACCAUAUCGACGUGGAGAGCUUUGUCACGAGCUGGGUCGAUCAGCCUGGCUAUCCCGUGCUUGAGCUUCGACGCUCGUACUGGGGAGAAAUCAUACUGACGCAGGAUCGAUUCUACGCCAACCGAAUAGUGAACGACGACACCACCCUUUGGAUGAUCCCGUACACGAUCCUGGAGCAGGGUGACUCGCUAGAAGCACCGCUCGAGUGGCACUGGAUGACCACGAAGGCUAUUCGCGUACCCAGCGGCACGCCGGACAACGAGUGGGUGUUGGCCAACGUUAACCAGGCCGGAUUCUAUCGGGUGAACUACGAUGCCACGAACUGGUACAUGCUGAUCCGUGCGCUGACCGAGGAAACCACCUCCAUUCCGAUGCACAGUCGAGCGCAGCUCGUCGACGAUGCCUUCCAUUUGGCGCGAUCGAACCGAUUGGAUCUCGAGAUUGCCCUCGAUCUGAUGACGUACCUGCGUCACGAACGGGAAUAUCCACCAUGGGAAGCAGCGAACCGCGCCCUCAACUACUUCUACAAUCGUAUGCGUGGUCGGUCGGAUUACGUUCGCUAUCAGCUCUUCGUGGACACGCUGAUUAGUGAUGUGCUGCUAACGCUCAGCGUCUCCACGGUGGCACCGGACGAGAGGUUGCUGGACAAGUACCUCAGGCAGGUGAUAUCCAGCUGGGCAUGCCGGAUGGAGAUAGAAACCUGUCUCACGGACACCCGCCUCGCGCUGGAACGGGAAGUGGAAGGUGAGGAACCCGUCCACCCGGAUGUGUCGGAAGUGGUGUACUGCUAUGGGCUGCGUACGGCCACCUCGGAUGCCUUCCAGUACCUGUUCGCAAAGCUGCAGAGUUCGGACAACCGGGGCGAACGAUCGAAGCUGAUCAAUGCGCUGGGCUGCGCCACCGACGCGGAACAACUGCAGGCCUACCUGCUGAUUGCGAUUGGUGGGGAAUUGCAGGUGGAUUUCGACGCGGAGGAGCGAUACUACAUUCUAUCGUCCGUUCUGGUGAGCCACGCUGGAGCCCAAGCAUUGAUGAACUUCCUGAGCGCGAACUACGCGUACGUUGUGGACACGCUUGGAGCGGGCACAUUGAACAGCCUGGUACAGUCCAUCGCUGCUCAGACAAAUACGCUGGCGGAGGAACAGAUGCUUAACGGGUUGCUGUUGCAGCUGCAAACGACGCUUCCGGACGGUGCAAUAGAGACCGCACAGGCUACGGUGGCCAGAAACCUAGCGUGGCCUUCCACCCGUGAAGGUGUUUUGCUGAGCUACUUCCUGGAACGUCACUCUUUUCAGCCGGCCUAA